AUGCUGAAUGUUGGUCAUGCGACUGUGUAUGAAUCUUCUGUACAUGUAUAUUAUCAGGCAUUGUUUAAUGCUGCUGAGGGUGUAACAGAGAAAAAUCAGUUUGAUGUAUGGAUGCUUCAUGCGGUGGUAGCUAAUGAUCUCUGUACUGAUGACAGUUUUGUGGAUCUAAUGUCGUCGAGGUGGCUGCUGCUCUUACCGAAGAUCAGAAGAAGCCUGGAUAUGUGCACCAAGUUUUAG